UGCGAUUAUGAUCGUAGGCGCUUAUUCCAAUUAUGAGUGGAGAAUAAAGUCUUGUUCAGUUACUUUACAGGAUGUCGUCCGGAGCUCAGCGACUCGUGCUAAAGAUAGCCCGGGCAGCAACAACAGAAAGCAAUCUAACAUGGGCUACUGUCGGUCGCCUGCCGUGGUUAUCAAGCGCAAGCCAUGCACGCUUUCUCGCUUCAUACCCUGCUCACGUGGUGCUCAACAUGCCAUCACUCUCGCCGACGAUGACUCAGGGAAACAUCACGAAGUGGCGGAAGCAACCUGGUGAACAAGUUGCACCUGGACAGAUUCUGGCGGAGGUUGAGACGGAUAAGGCUACGAUUGAAUGGGAAGCCCAAGAAGAGGGCUUCAUGGCGAAGCAUCUGGUGCCAGAAGGCACGCAGGAUAUUGCUGUCGGCACCCCUGUGGCGGUCCUCGCUGAGGAAGCAGGGGACGUCGCGGGAUUGGCAUCCUUUUCUCCCGGAGCAUCAUCGCCUGCAACACCGGUAGCAGCAGCAUCUCAGCCCGCCACUUCAGAGCUGCCUAAGUCCACCCAUUUACCGCCACACCAGGUUCUCAACAUGCCUGCGCUUUCACCCACUAUGAGCCAGGGCAACAUCGUCGAAUGGAAGAAAAAGGUUGGCGACCCAGUCGCUCCUGGCGACGUGUAUUGUGAGGUUGAAACUGAUAAGGCUACAAUUUCAUGGGAAAGCCAGGAAGAAGGCUUCGUGGCCCGCAUACUGCUGCCGGAUGGUGCAAAGGACAUCGAGGUGGGACGACCAGCGCUGGUGCUUGUUGACGACAAGGAGACAGUCCCUUUCUUUGCCAGUUUUACGGCAUCGGACGCAGCUUCGGGAGAACAAACCCCCCCCGCGCCGGCCGCUGCAACCGCCACCGCUGCGAAGGCUGAGGUGCCACCGGCCAGUGCUGUAUCGGUGCAGAGGCCACCAGAGACCGGAGAGACGAACGUUGCGGCUCCGGCCGCGGCCAGCACAGGCAGGCUACGUGCCAGCCCAUACGCCCGGAAGCUGGCAGCUGAGUUGGGCGUGGCGCUUGAGGCGCUUUCUGGCACCGGUUCCGUGGGGCGCAUAGUCGCAGAUGACGUGCGCGGUGCCACUGGGUCGGCGGCUGCCAUUCCACCGGUUGCAGCGCCCGCCGCUGUCAGCUCGGCCACGCCACAAGCAGACACGGCCGCGGCAUAUGUUGACUUGCCGCAUAACCAGAUCCGGAGAGUGGUGGCUCGGCGUCUGCUGGAGAGCAAGCAAACGGUGCCGCACUACUACCUCACUAUGGAGUGCAGGGUUGAAGAAAUACAGCAGCUCCGGGAGCGUUUGAACGCACUGAACUCGGCGGGGCAAAAGGGCGGUAAGGGCGGUGCUGUGGCACCCAAGUUGAGCGUCAACGACUUCGUGGUCAAGGCCGCAGCCAAGGCUCUCAAGGAAGUGCCAGGCGUGAACGCAAGCUGGUUUCCCGACUUCAUUCGCCAGUACAACAACGUCGACAUUAGCAUUGCAGUGCAAACACCAUCAGGCCUGCAGGUACCAAUCGUGCGGAAUGCGGAUCUCAAGAGCCUCGGUGCAAUUAGUUCCGAGAUCCGUGCUCUGGCAGGGAAGGCAAAGGAGGGCAAGCUGCUUCCUGGGGACUACGCGGGUGGUACCUUCACGGUCUCGAACCUCGGCAUGUACGGCAUCAAACAGUUCGCCGCUAUUGUCAAUCCACCACAGGCGGCCAUCUUGGCAGUCGGUGCCAUGACGCCCACCAUUGCGCGCGUUGAUGGUGUGUUCAAGGAGGUGCCUACCAUCCUGGCGACACUCAGCUGCGACCACCGCGUAAUUGAUGGCGCAAUGGGCGCGGAGUGGCUAGUGGCGUUCAAGGCACAGAUCGAAAACCCGUUGUUACUGUUUGCUUGAGGUAUCGCUGGCUGCUGGGGGUUUCGGGCUGCACAUCUGGCUUUACUUCACGGGUUGAUUCUCGUGUGCGGAAUUGUGGGCGUUUUGGGUUAAUAAGCUUAUAAGCACCACAGCUGACAAAAGGAAGGUGAACGUGAAAGGUGGUAAGCUUAGAUGUACCGUAUGUGAGGCCGUAUGUGAGGCCUAUCUAUGCUUAGAGCAUCCGGUUUGGUGCGACGCUUGAAAAGAGCAUCCGGUUUGGUGCGACGCUUGAAAAAGUGAACUCCUGGUUUGCAUAAUGUGCGGGUUCAUCCCAUGUGUGUAUGUCAUGCUCCUGUGCUGUGAAGGGCAGUCCAUGACGGCCUUCGUAGCGUGCAAAGCAAAUAUGUAGGACUGACUUUCUUGAGUUUAAGUUAGGGUGAAGGGCUGAUUUGUAAGGUCUGCGGAGGUAUUCCUUCAAGGGACGGGGCACGAACAGCUAUCGUGACUCGUACGUACAUCCUUGUGAAAAUUCCAUGAGUC